AUAUCAUAUAUCAUAUAUCAUAUAUAGUAUAAUUCUACUACUAUAGCUUGGCAUCAAAAGCAAGGUGCAUACACCCACUUCCUCAUUCUCUCUUCCUAUUUGCAUGAUAUCAAAUAGGUAGAUAUAGAUACUAGGAUUGACAACAAAAAAAAAAUUCAUAAAGAAGAAUUCAAAAUUAGAGAGAAGUUCAACAAAAGCAACAACAACAUUUUACAAUGGGAGGAGACCAACAACAACAAUGAGAGAAAGAAGAUGAUUAACAUUCCGAAAGACGCCGAAUUUCCAUUAAAACAAGAAGUUCUUCCAUCAAAUGCUUCAACUGCAUCAUCAUCAACAUCACAAUGGCUAAAACUAAAAGAUCCAAGAAUUGUGAGGGUAUCUAGAGCCUUUGGAACAAAAGAUAGACAUAGCAAAGUAUACACAAUUAAAGGAUUAAGAGAUAGAAGGGUAAGGCUUUCAAUCCAAACAGCAAUUCAUCUUUAUGAUCUUCAAGAUAGAUUAGGGCUUAAUCAACCUAGCAAAGUUGUUGAUUGGUUGCUUAAUAUAGCUAAGGAUGAAAUUGAUGAGCUUCCACCACUUCAAAUACCUCAAGGAAAUUUCACCUUAGGUUAUCCAUCUUUUGCUAAUAUUUCAAAUGAUGAUGUUAGCCAAAACAAUACUUCUAUUUGUAAAUCAAAUUCCAAACAAUUUUUAGGAGAAAUUGUUACUAACAAAGGAAAUUGGAUAAAUAGAAAUGAAGCGGAAAAAGAGAAGAAAGAAGAGGAUGCUAAUUGUGAUUGUGCGCAACAUGUUUUGCCAAAUAAUCUCAUGUCACAUUUAGUGUCAGACAAUGUCUCGAAUAAGAUUAUCUCCGGUGGAGCAAAUCAACCUUCUUUUUUGGGAUUGUUGAACACCAUGCCACUUGAUUAUCAAUUGGAGACUUCAAUAUCUAAUAAUGUUGCUCAUGAGUUAUCAAAUUUUGGAUUUGUCAACCAAAUUAAACAUAUAGAUGGAAUUGAUGUUGUACCUUUUCCAUCAUCAUUGUCUUUGUCAACACAACAAUAUUUCCCUUCACAUGUUGGAACAAUGGAGAUGGAUCCAAGACAAAUCAAUUAUAGCUAUGAUCAAAUGUGGAGUUCAAGUUCUCAAAACAAUUCUCUCAAUCCAACUCAACAACUCAUUAGGGUGACUCCUAAAGACCAAGGUUUUCCAUCCAAGUGAUAUACACAAAUAGUACUAAGGUAUCUAAAAUGUUGCAUGAUCAUGACUUUGAGAAGUUCAUCAGUUUAAGCAUAUUUUUUUGUUAUGGUGUUUAAUUAUAGUAAUUCCCUUUUUGUUGUUUGGUUUCAUAUGUGAAACUUCAAUUUUCCAUAUUUAGUUUCAUAAUCUAUACAUGGCCAUAUGCCAUGCAAAUUAAGCACCAAUGACAUUUUUCAAGUGUAAGAGCUUUCUCUAAAGUGAUAAUGACUUAUGCUUAAGAUAA